CCAUGAUCGCCAGCAAAACAGAUGCCCCACGCUGCUUCCCUCCAUACUGCAACACGCGCAACACGUCACAAGCAUCCCAAAACCCGAAUCUUUAAUUAUUAAACCAUCGAUCGUGUGCCUCGCAGAUUCAUUUCGUCUCGAUCGGUCGACCGGUGCGGUUGGGACUCUCCCGGUGAACAGUGUGUUUGUGCGUUUGUGUGUGCGUGUCAGUGAUUGUUCUUUCAUUUGUGUUUGUGUGUAUCUGUACUAGUAACAUCCCAGUCAUGCCCAGUGACGAGCUAGUGGUGCUUCCGGCCCCGAACCUGGACAAAGCGCCCGCCCGCUACGAUAACGAGAUCGACGAGCUGGACGCACACUGUCAGCAAUUAGCGCGGGACUUUCUGCGCGAAAAUGCGACGAUUCGUGACCAGAGCCUGACCCAGCUGCGUGACUGGAUCGCGAAGCAUCCGCACAUCAAGCGCUGCCGCACGGACGCACGCUUUCUGUUGCGCUUCCUGCGCACGAAGAAAUACUCGUUCAUCAAUGCGUCGCACAUGCUGGAGCGCUAUCUGGCCUGCCGGGUGGUGCAUCCGCACUGGUUCAAGCGGCUAGACAUUGAGGAUCGCGAGAUGUGUGGGCUGGUGGAGGCGGGCUUUCUCUAUCCGCUGCUGGAGAAGGAUGCACGUGGUCGGACGGUGAUUUUCGGCGAUGCUGGUACGCUCGAUCCGAAGGUGUACACGGUUGGGCAUGGCAGCCGGAUGCAUAUGCUGGUGGGCGAAACGCUGUACGAUGAUGCGUCUGUGCAGUGCGCUGGGUUUGUGCUGGUGUACGAUUUGUCCGGCAUUACGAUGGGCAUGUUGGGGCUGGUGACGCUGAACGAUAUACGCGAUCUGGCGACGUACCUGAACAAUGCGGUGCCGAUGCGCAUCCAGGAGCUACACUUUGUCAACACGCCGAGUUUGGCGCUGAAGAUCGCGAACUACACGCUGGCGCUGAUGAACGAGAAGCUUCGCAAUCGUAUCAUGUGUCAUCGCAGCUGGGAAGAUCUGCACAAAAAGGUGGACAAGCGGCUCAUCCCCCAGGAGUACGGUGGAAAGAUCCCGAAGGAGGAUCACAUUGCCGCGUUCAAGCAGCGCUGUCGCAUCUACCGUCCCCAGUUGCUGGCCCUGGACGAGAUGGACUACGAGGUUGGGCGCGAUAUGGACAGCUGCAAGAAGUCGCACGUGGCAGAAAUUGAAACGGGAACGGUGGGAAGCUUCCGCAAGCUGCAGCUCGACUAGCGAGCGUGCUUUUAGUAUGUAAUCCAAUCUGUAAUUCUGUUAGACUGUGAUGUAUGUAUCGUUUUGGUUCGUUUCAAUUUGUUUAUCAAUAUGUA